AUGGCGGCAAACUUAGCAGAGCGGCGAAGAUACUCUUCGGAAGCGCUGAAAUCUACGAAAGUCGUUCGUAUGCAGCACGAAGAAGCUGCCAAUGGAGUCCUUAAUGGUUCCUAUUGUAGUGUGAGGAUAGAGGAUGGGGAUAGAGGACAGGACAUUGCUUCCGACUGUGGGACCUCCCAUAAAGAGGAAAUUGAGAAGGAAACAAGCUGGAAGAGGAUCUUACAGAGGGAGCUAGGAUUUGGAUUUUCACUGCAGAGGUUGAUUUUUGUUUUCUGGAAGCUUAGGCAUCGAACGAGGAUGAUGUUAACUUGGGAGGAUGCUUAUUAUGAUGGGAACCAAUCUGAAAAGAAGUGGUUCAGUGCUGCAGCAGGAAGCUCGACUGAGGGUCCUUACUCACAUGAUCUUCUCGGAUUAGCUGUGUCAAAGAUGUCUUAUCAAGUAUAUUCGCUUGGGGAAGGGGUUGUUGGAAAGGUAGCAGUUUCUGGAAAGCAUUUAUGGAUAUUUUCAGAUGAGCUCGAUUCUUCCUCCUCAUCUGAGUAUUCUGAUGGGUGGCAAGCUCAGUUUCAAGCUGGCAUUCAGACCAUUGUAGUUGUGGAUGUCAUUCCACAUGGAGUUGUACAACUAGGCACUCUGCACAAAAUUUCUGAGGAUGUGAAGCUUGUAGACCACAUCAGAACUGUUAUUUCUGGCAUACAAGAUUCUUUACCCGAUUGUAUUCCCAGUUCAAUUAAAAAUAACACCGAAAAUUCUUGCCUGUCAGAUACAUGCACGAAAAUCCCAGAUUCAACUUUUCACGAUUCGUUCAGCAAAACAAAAGGGUCUUUUCAUGAGGAUGAUGUGAACUUGUGGUCUCAGUUACUUUCACCUCUUGGGGAAUCUGUUAAAAUCGGGGACUUCUCAUAUAAAACUCUUGAAAACAACAUUCAAGAAAGAGCCGCUGGGCCUUCAAUGCCUGGAAAUGAAAUUUCACCUUUUGGAUUUUGUGCUGGGUAUGAACUGUAUGAAGCAUUAGGACCUUCCUUCCAAAGGAAAAGUAACGAUUCUAUUCGGGAGGCCAAAAAAAGGGGCCCCGACAUGGCUGUCGAUAUUUCCGAGGGAAAAAUAGGCGGCAGUUGCAGUUUGCUAACAGGAAACUCUGAUGGGAACCUUCUAGAAGCAGUGGUGGCCAGAGCAAACAGUCAAAAAGGGUAUCGAACAGAAAGCGAGAGGUCAUGUCUCGAAUCCCUCGUGUCCUUCGACAGAACACCGUGCAAUAGUUUGGGCACUACUAUUAGCUCGUGUAGCUUGAACUCGGUUAAACCGAAUAGAAAACGGGCCAGGCCCGGUGAGAGUACUAGGCCCAGGCCAAGGGACAGGCAAUUGAUCCAAGAUCGGAUAAAGGAACUGAGGGAACUCGUGCCUAGUGGAUCUAAGUGCAGUAUAGAUUCACUUCUUGAGAGGACUAUUAAGCACAUGAUGUUUUUGCAAAGUGUAACCAAGCAUGCAGAUAAACUGAACAAGUGCUCGGUGUCAAAGUUGCUUGCCAAGGAAACAGGUAUCCGUAGAUUCUCGUGUCGUGAUCAGGGCUCGAGCUGGGCUGUCGAAUUGGGAAACAGCCAAAAGGUCUGCCCGAUAAUAGUGGAAAAUAUAAAUAUGAACGGGCAAAUGCUUGUAGAGAUGUUGAGCAAAGAGAGUGGUCAGUUUUUAGAAACUGCAGAGGCUCUCAGAAGCUUGGGCCUAAACAUACUGAAAGGCGUGUCUGAAGAAGCCUAUGGAGAUCAGAUAUGGAUGUGCUUUGUAGUUGAGGGGGAGAAUAACCGAAGCAUGCACCGGAUGGAUGUGUUAUGGUCUCUUAUGCAGCUUUUGCAACCGAAAUCGGCUAGUUGAUCUCUGUUCAAGGAAAAAACCAAUAUUUCGCGUUUCGACUUGUGUGACGAGUGUACUAUUAUUACUUUUCUUUUCACAGUAUAUGCUGGAUUUUUUUCCCCCUUGCUUUCCCUUUUUUCGUUUGGUUUAUGCGAGUUGUGUGUUGUUUGCAAUGUUAUCGAUUUCUUGUGUUGAAUACUGGAAAUCUUGAAUUGAUAUUCCUUUGUAUUCAAAUCUAUUACAGUAGUGUUCAGAGAUUGAUUGUUUGUAUUUACACCAAACAUAUGUUACAUCUUCUUGCCAUAUAGAUAUAACUGUCAUUUGUCCCUCAUCGUUUUCACAGGAAUAAGUAAUACAGUAACACAACAUGAAUGAAACAAUACAAGAAUUUUAUGGUGCUCUUUCAAAAAGAGGGAAAAAAAAAUUGAGAACAAAAUUAACAAAUUGAGGAAUUUUUUUUUCCUGCUAAAAGAACUUACACAAAUGAUGGAAUUUCUUCUAACAGACUUCUUCUACUUCAAAAAAUUCACAUGAUUCUAAAAUUGGAAAGAGCCGACUGACCUUCAUGUACGUUAGUCUGAUGAUGUGUCACAAAUUCAAUGUAGCUGACGUGUCUGUAAAGUGCAGGAUUCUCUUCAGAUAGAAGCUCCUUUAUGGGCCCACACGCUUUCACCAUCUCUUGAGAGCUCGGAUAGAAAAAACACGCAGUCGAAACACGACUUCUACUCGAGCUAGCCACCACUCUAUGCUCCACGCUUUUGAACUUGUCAUUUGUAAUCAGCUGCAAAAGGUCUCCAAUGUUGGCUAUGAGAGCACCCGGAAUUGAAGGCACGUCGAUCCAAUUCUGUUCAUGAUGUAUUUGAAGUCCACCACAAUUGUCUUGAACCAAAACCGUUAGAAUCGUGGGGUCAAAGUGGUUGACCGUACCGCAAGUCUUGUCCGGUUGUGGGCUUGCCGGAUAAUAAAGACACGAAAGAUAUUCGCUUUUCAUGCACUCCAUUCGGCUCAAGAAAUCCGAGCUCAGCCCCAGAGCCUCCGAAAGUAGUUCGGACAAAACGUCCCUUAACUCCAUCAUGUGUUUCAUGUAUUCACAUAUUUCUUUCCUGCAAUGCAGCAGUUUAAGAUUCAAGAUCUCGUAAGUUUUUUCCUGAUUCAAGCUAAUUAAUUAAUUUAAGGGAAAAAUUGCACUAUUUGUUCAGUAAAUAUAUCCUCGUUGCACUUUUGUCCUUUAAUUGUUUAUUUUUUACUUUUG